AUAUAAACGUGAACUCUUCUGUGCAAUAUUUGUAAAAAUAUUAAAAAAAACGUACAUACUUAACUUGCAAAAAUGUCACGCGUUUCAGUUUUAUUCAUACUUAUGUCUAUGAUCAUCAUCAAUUCCGGCGACAGUAAUCACAACAUUAACAGCAGCAAUCACAAUCGCAAUCACAGUAGAAUAAAUACAUUCCAUCCGCCAUAUAGUAGCAAGAACACCACGAAAGUGGUUAAUCAUCCGAGUGCUAGCUUAAUUAAUGCCGUCGCUAAGCAUAGUGAAGAAUCACAAUCGUCAGCACAGCAGCAGCAGCAGCAGCCAAAAGAACAACAGCAAGCACAGCCAGCGACGCAGUCGCCACAAGCACAACAGCGCGACAAAAGAGCCACCGGCGAUUUCCAGCUCGACGAGGCGGAAAUUGCGCGGCAAAAUCAAAUUACACAACAAAUAUUCGCCAAAUAUUUAGAGCGAAGACUCUUUCCAAAUCGCAGCACCAACGAGCGGGUACCCACCAUUUCGGAAAUCCUGCCGAAACCUUCCUCUUCCACAACGCCACGACCGCGACCACGCGGCUUUUCCAACGCUGCAGAUUUCCAUAAUUUCCGCCGUGGCUCGCCAGCGCAAAAAACGAAUGUGCGCAAACGUUAUGGUGAUCCAAAACAAAGACAACGCCAACGUGUCGGCAGCAGUGGCGCUCAUCGUCAACAAUUAGUUGCUGAACCAGAAGAGGAAGAAGAACACGAGUCGGAAGCAACAAUACAGAAAAGUACUGAGUAUUAUACGGAUAAUAGUGCCGAAGCCGAUGAUGUGGCCGAUGAUGGCCAAGAGUCGCUGCAAAGUGUCGAAUCGGAACAACACGAUCAUUACUACAGCGAUGUGUUCAAUCGUGAUCCCAGCGAAAAUGAAAUUGACAGCG